UCACAGGUGAUCCCGUGAGAUCCCCGCCCAGCCAUUUGUUUUAACAUUUCAGUCACGUUCUCAAUAUUGUCCUGCUGAUGAGCUGAUGACCCUGACGUCGCAUUUCCAUUGUAUACUUGUGAAGUUUAGAGUUACGUCUUUGUUCAUAAUACCAUUUUGCAGUGACGUUGGUGUUUAAUCAAGUAUAUCGUCAGUGAACACUGAAUGUUUACGAGUUAGCGGACGAAUUAUUCGCGUCUGAAAUUUGAAGGACGCUAAAAACAUUUCUCUGCGCACCCUUUUAAAGAAAAAGAUAAAAACCGAAGUGGACCGCUUAUCUGAAGUAAGGAACGAAGAAGAACAAGAACAAUACCAACAACAAGAAGAGGAGGAAGAGGAGGUAAAGGAAACCACAGGAGAAUAUAGAAAGCAAAGGAGAAAUACAGCGGACUAGAGAAGACGGCGUUACAAUGAAAAUCGUCAAAGUUUCGGCCAGAGAAUUCCUCAGUGAAUUCCUCGGUACAUUCAUAUUGGUGAUGUUUAACGACGGCGCUGUAGCUCAAAACGUGUUUAGCAACGGUAGUAAAGGAGGACCUUUCCCCGCCUACUGGGGCGCGGGGCUAGGGGCAUGCCUGGGCGUCCUCGUCAGCGGAGGAAUCUCCGGAGGGCACAUCAAUCCCGCGGUGACGCUAGCCAUGGCCGUCUGGCGUAAGAUGCCCUGGGCGAAAGUGCCCCACUACUUGGUGGCUCAGUAUGCCGGAGCCUUCGUGGCUUCUUCCGUCUUGUAUGGCGUUUAUUUUGAUGCUCUGGGGCACUUCGAAGCAACCAGGAGCCUGAAGACGGCAGGCAUCUGGGCAACAUACCCAGGAGCAAUCACGAAAGAAGAUGGGACGAUUGUCACUGACUUCUUGACCAACAGCAAUGGUUUUGGGGAUCAGGUAGUUGGCACAAUGCUUCUUCUGAUUUGCAUAUGCGCCAUCACGGACAUCCGGAACGUUGGCAUUCCUGCGUACAUGAUCCCGCUUUACGUGGGGUUGGUAGUUCUGAACAUCAACAACUGCUUUGGGCUGAACUGCGCCAGCGCAAUCAACCCCGCCAGAGAUUUUGCGCCUAGGCUGUUUACCUUGAUUGCAGGCUGGGGCAAAGAUCCCUUUUCCGCCACCACCAUCGAGGGUAUUAUGUGGUGGUGGGUCCCCAUCGUGGCUCCUCACAUCGGGGGAAUCCUCGGGGCUGGCAUCUACGUCUUCUUUAUCGAGCGUCACCAUCCGCUGGAAACUGUCAAACGCCAGACGCGUCGGUGCCUCCAAUGUAAGAAGAGGAAGAGUCGAGAGUGACCGUUGGUUGGGUGAGACUAGUACUACGUACUUGCUUCCCGUUUGAGAGUCAGCGAUAUUCGAGUCCUAUUUUAAGGAUUACGGAGAGCCUGAUAAGGCUUCGGUUUAAUAAAUAGAUAAUUAAAGGUUUUAUUUCAGCUUCGUGAUGUGUCUGCCGAAGAGGGAAUUGAUUUCGAUUGCUGGUUUUGACAGAAUUUAAAGAUCAUUUAAAUUAGGCCGGAAAUUCCGUACUUGGGCUUCAUUGCAGCUCUGCCCAAAUAUAUAUAUAUAUAUAUAUAUAUAU